UGUGUUGCUGUUAGAGGAGUUGACGUAGAUAACAAGAGAGGGCUGUACACGGUGUCAACCUCAACAAUGAGAAAGCUUUCUAUCGUUUUCUUUGCUACCGUUUCUCUUUACCAGGCUUUUGGAGGUAACAUCCUUUGGAAGGAAUGGGAUUUUUCAAGCUCGUCUGAUUGGCAAAAAUUUGAGGCUGAUGUGGUCAUCAGUACACAUAUUGAUGCUAAUUGUACACAGAAGGAGAAUGCGUUUGCAGAGCUAGACUAUUGCGAUUGUGAUUCGAUAUCGUCGCUCAUCAUGAUUGAUCCAACCAAGACCUAUGAAUUUUCCAUUUAUAUCUAUUCAUGGGGAAGACUUAUGAGGAACUACUUUGGCUUCUUUGUUUAUGACAACAACGAGAUUAAAAUAGAGGGUAGAUGGAGUAGACCAUAUUUCAGAAACUCGUAUGAUUCUCGUGAUAAUCAGACGUGGAGGAAAUGGAGAGCAUAUAUUCUUCCUCAUGACCUUCCAGACACGGACGGUGAUGGUCAACCUGAUACCCAAAACCACAUGACUAAUGGAAAAGACUGGAUAUGGCCAACUAAUGCUAGUUAUGUUGCUUUACGAUUUGGAUCCUGUCAUUACGGCACUGGACGUCUUGUGCCAAAUCGAGGACGCAGGCACGACACAGAUCCCGCAGGAGUGACGACGUUUUGGCGUCCCAGAGUUCGAGAAAUUGAACAACCAUUGUCGAUUCUGUUUUCUGAUCGCCGUCAUCCAAAUGUGAGGAUGUUUAGCAUAAUAACAUAUCAAGAUUGGUCAAGGAGGGCAGAUUACAGUGGGAUGGCAUUUGUAAACGGUAGACACACUCAUAUAGCAAGAGUCACAGAGCACUACCGACAUUGUUACUAUCCGUGGGGCAUUACACGUCGAUUUCCGAUUGAUCCCAACAAUACAUAUGAAUUCAGUAUCUGGUUGCUGAGUACAGGCAAAGAUCUAAACAACUUCCUUGGCUUUCAAGUCUAUGACGUGGCAUUCAAUAUUCUUAAUGUCAACGGCACAGACAAACCAUACUUUAAAAGAACCGAAAAUGAUACAAAAACCUGGACACGAUGGAAUGGAUUUGUAGUUCCAGCCAUAACUGAUCCUCACAACAUUCCCUCUUAUUACCGCAACGGAGUAAGCUGGCAAUGGCCAUCUAAUUCUAAGUAUGCCCGGCUGAGGUUCGGCAGUUGCUAUGGAGAUGGAGACAACGCAGGAAAGACUUACUUUGCUUAUCCGCAAAUAGUAGACUUUGAUCUACAGCCAUAAACAAGAAUAGUCAGACGUCCAUCAUGUUCUUCGGUCUUUCUCUAGAGUAAACGUAAACCGUUUCGUUGGUGUUUGUAGUCUGUGCCAUGAUGGAACAGUAAAAGCUGGCACAAUUAGCUUUUGUAGUAUGUACCAUGACUUUGCUAUUGUUAUCAGUUUCUUUGCAACAGCACAAA